AUGAAAAUAGCUCAACUUAAUUGUCGUGACAAAUUAAAACAGCUGGAAAAAUACCUUCAUUGUAAUAACAUGCCAUGUGUUUCUGAAACUUCUCUUAUGUCCCAUGAUUCAUUUUCUAUUAAAAAUUAUAACGUGGGUUCCAGCGAGACCAAUCCUUGUUCGGCUACGGCAACAACCUAUCGGACCAUCAUCAGUCGUGAAUUUGAAGCAGGCAACAACCCCUUUGCUGUGAACAGGAACCGCCGAAGGAAACAGUUACCGCCGCAGACUCUACAUCGGCACCAACAGCAUCAGGUCAUGUUGAAAAUUGUACGCGGUUUUUCUGCGGGAUGUGCUUAAAGGAUGACUUUUCAAUUUACAUUUUC